AUGCCCCCCCAGGAGGCGCUAGCAAACACACACGCCAUCCUCUCCCACCUCGCAGAGCUCCGAGACUCGCUCACCGACCGCGUAGACCGCCUCAGCACCGCCGUCGCCCGCCUCCGCUCCCAAGCCACAGAGCUAGAACAAGCCGUCGCAACCGGCUCACCCAUCCCCACCAUCCAUCCCCCAACCUCCGAGAUACUCGGCCUCGCCCUCCCCUCCAUGCCCAGUCACGGCCCAGUCGUCGAGAUGACGCGCUCCAUGGAUGGCCUCGGCGUCGAAACGCGCAUCUUACGCGCCGAUCACCGCGGCCUGCAGCCUACCAAUUGCGCGCGCGUGGCUGCCGCGCCAAAGCCCGUUAUUGUUCGAGGACCCGGUCACAAUGACAAAGAGGAAGCCGAGUCGGGCCAAGAAGCACUGGAUACACACACGCACAGCGUCCGCCCUCCUCUUCCCAGCCCCGCCUCCACUCGCACACCCUCUCCCCCCGCUCCUCCAGCCGUCGAGCCAGACCGCCAGAGAAGAGCGCUGAUGCAUCCAUCCACGCCGCGCCCGACCGACCUUACUUCCCGCGGCAUCCUUGUGCGCAACCGUGAGGGCAACGCCGAGGUUGAUGGUGGUGCAUCCUCCCGGGUCGACGUGGAGGCCGCGCGCGAAUCGGUGCGGGAACGGGACCGCGAGCGUGAGUUUCGAGAGGCGGAGCGCCUUGAUCGCGCCAUCGCCCGCUAUCAGCGGCGACACGACGAGUCGCAGCGCGAGUUCCAUAGCGCCUGGGAAUACGAGCGCACACGGGCCAUAAGUGUUGGCCGUGUGCCCAACGAACAUAGCGUCAUCCGGGCCGACGCUCUUCGGCGCCACGUGGACAAUGCCCAUCGCCUCUGGAACCUGAUGCACCAGCGCUCGCGUCUGUCUGUGCCUCCUGCCGAGGCCGAUGCUCCGCUGGAGAUGCGCCAUCUGCUCGGCACGCCUACCUUCCGCCGCGGCCCGCUGCGCCCGCGCCGCAGCAGCCCCCUCAGUGGGAUCGGCGCACUUGGGCUUGAUCGCAGCGACCCGAUGGAUGACUUGACUCGGUACUACAUGGACAAUGCGUUCGAGGAGAGUGACGACGAGGACUGGCCGCGACGGCACCCGAUUGCGCAGCGGCUCGUCCGGGUCGUCACGCUUAGCGACGAGCUGCGCGACACUCCCACACGUCGGCAGGAGCGGGAGCGUGCGGCCGAGCGUGCGGCCCAGCGUGCGGCCGAGCGCGCGGCGCAUCUGGAGAGUGCGGUGGAACGGGAGCGUGUGGCGGAACGGGAGCGUGCGGCGGAGAGCGCCAGGGAAUCGCUCAAUGACCUCUUCAGCCGCGCCGAGACGAUACACGAUGACCUGCUUGAGAUCCGGCGCGCACGACUCGUCGGUGAGGGCCCCUCUCGCGCGGACAGACAGGCGCGCGCAGACGACGUCGACCGCGUGUCCCUCAAUGCGCCGCUGCCGCCCCCACCCCGCCUGCGUGGCCGGCACGAAGCCCUGCGCCCUCUCGCGCCCGCGGGUGCCGCCGACGCCGAGGACACGGACGCCGAGCGCAUUCUCGGCGACGACGGGGACGCGGGGCGCCGCGCCCUGCUCGACCGCCUCAACUGGACCGUCGCGCGACUGAAUGCCACUGCGCGCCGCCGCCUCCCGGACGCCGAGGAGGAUGUGCUCGAGCGCGUGGAACGGGCGCGCGAGCGCGUCGCCGAGCUCUCGCGUAUCCAGCGCGACCUCGAGGCGCUGCGCGCCGGCAUGCGACGCGGAAGCGACGCGACCGUCGUGCCGGGCGACUGGCCGCGCGAGUCGGCGGCGGAGACUGAGACAACGGAAACUGAGACGAUUGAGGCGGCGAGCGCGAGAGUGGCGGGCGCGGCGCCCGCCAGCUCGACGGGGGCGACGAGCGGGAGCGUCGACGACGAGGAGAAGGAGAGCGGGGCGCUGAGCGCCGACACGUGGCCUGAGGCGCCGAACCGCGCGCGCCCCCGGCCCUACGUCUCCCUCCUGGACCUGUAG